AUGACGAGGCGCAUCAUUGAGUUCGCGGAGAUGAUCGAAGACGGCGAUUUGGCCUUGGUGGACUUCGCUAGACAUGCGUAUGAAGUGAAAGGAACGAUCUCCUGGAUUCCCGUGGCCGAUGAAUGGAUCAGAACGGAUCACGAUGGAGUACUUCUUCAAUUGGCAUUUGCGGCCAAGGCAACGACUGGAGAGAAUCGCUUUGCCAAACAUCUGUUGGAGAACAUCGCCAGAGAGCAUGUCACAGUGACGAAGCUAUUCGAAGAAAUCCUCGAUCAGGUCACGAGGGAAAACAAACAAUGUCUCUUCUUCGAUUCUCCGCAAGACAGUUCGUCUGUUCAGCACAUUCGGCAAUCUCGCCGAUCGAAGCCUCAAGAACAAACCGUUCGUGUUGCAACUGGCAAAUCUGCACGACUUGGUCACUGGAGACACGCCAGACGAGGAGACGAUGAUCAACACGAUCAAUGA